AUGGCCCACCAAGUACUAUGCUUAACUGGCUUCAAUUUUGAGUUGGAAUCCAUUGUGGGCUACGUUGACAUGCUCUUCCACCCUCUCACUACUGACCUCAAGCAAGUCUACAUCAACUGCCAGCAAUGUCUAAUUCACAGGUUGUCAAUCAAUGAUGAGUUUGAACCAACCUACACGUACGACGACCCCACAAUCAAUAUCUGUCAAAAUCAACCAAACAGUCAGAACCUUGAAUCUUUUGAGUCCUGUCACUCUAAGGCGGUAUCCUAUGUCGAUGCAGAUGAGGGUGGUGGCGGGGAAAUAUGCAUCAAGCUUCCACCUGAGUUGAACAACUCAAUUCUCGAAUUGAAGCCAUUCAGGGUGAUAAUAGAAUUUUCUUUGGUGAAACCUGAUGGUGGGAUAAAGUUUGUAGUGCCCGAUCUUGAUGGCACGUUGUUGGACAGAGGUGCUCAUCUUUUCUCAUUUGGACUUGAAAAUUCUUCUAGACUGUGGUUUCCAUGCAUUGACUCCUAUUCAGAAGUUUGUACGUGGAAGCUAGAGUUUACUGUGAGCAUGUACAUGAUAGCAGUCAGCUGUGGAGAACUCGUUGACACCGUGUACACUCCUGAUCUGAAGAAAAAAACAUACCACUAUUAUCUUGCUACUCCAACGGCCGCUCCAAACAUUGCACUGUCCAUUGGUCCAUUUGAAGUCUGGGUUGAUCCUAACAUGCACGAAGUGACAAAUUUCUGCCUACCCCACCUGCUGCCCAUCCUAAAACACACCACAUCUUUCCUGCACGAGGUCUUUGAAUUUUACGAAGAGUUACUGUCAACUCGAUAUCCAUAUACCUGCUACAAACAAGUGUUCAUUGACAUGGCGUACGAUGACGUGUCACCAUAUGCUACCAUGGCUAUAUGCAGCACGAACCUGCUGCACUCAAAACGCAUCAUCGAUCAAACUCCAAUCUCCCAACGUUUGCUGGCAGAGGCUGUAGCCAAGCAGUUUUUUGGCUGUUUCAUAUCUAUGCACACCUGGUGUGAUGCAUGGCUAACGAAGGGACUUGCCUCGUUGCUCGCAGGACUUUACAAUGUUAAAGUUUUUGGGAACAACGAGUAUAUUUAUUCUGUAGUUAAGGACAUGACGGAAGUAUGCCAAUUUGAAUGCCAGCAGAGUCCAGUUGUGUUGGAUCCCAGUAUGCUGGUGGCAGAUUUGUGGGAAUCAAGUAAACAGCCACAAACCAUUUCGCCUGCUUAUUUAAGAAUUUAUGAGAUGAAGUCUCGCCUCGUCAUGAGGAUGCUGGAAAAGUAUGUUGGCAGAGAACUUAUGUUGCAGGUCAUGAAUAAAAUACUUGCAUUAGCCACCUCAGCAUCUCAGCAGAAAUACAGUCUCAACAUCUGGAACAACAUGGUUGUUUCUACAAAUUCCUUUCUUAAGUCAAUUUCAACGGUAACAGGAAAGGACGUGCAAGCAUUCCUCAACCAGUGGGUAUUCCAAGGAGGUUCAGUUCAAUUUCUGGGCAACUUUACAUUCAAUAGGAAGCGAAAUGUCGUCGAACUCGAAUUGAAGCAAGACUUCUCCGCAUCCAAGAAUCUGCUCAAAUAUGCUGGUCCGAUAACUGUUUCAAUCCAAGAGUUGGACGGUACAUUCAACCAUCAGUUCAUGGUGGAGGAAAACAAAUCGAAGUUUGAGAUUCCCUGUCAUUCGAAAAGUAGAAGGCAGAAGAAGAAGAAGAUACCGCUGUGCACUGGCGAAGAAGUGGAGAUGAAUCUCGAUGACACUGAUGUUGAUUCUCCAGUCUUGUGGGUGCGUGUCGAUCCUGACAUGCUGCUUCUGCGAAUCAUCAGGUUUGAACAGCCCGACUUUAUGUGGCACUACAUGUUAAGACAUGAGAAGUGCGUCGUUGCCCAACACAAUGCAAUCACAGCGUUAGAAGAAUACCCGACAAGCAAGACUAGAAAUGUUCUCACAUAUGCCAUUGAAAAUGAAAAAUUUUUCUAUCGAGUCAAGCAGGAUGCUGCGUACUGUCUUGUUAAGGUGGCCAAUGAAAUGAACAACACAUCUUGGAUUGGACCGCCUGCCAUGCUCAGCAUCUUCAGACAGAUGUUCGGUGCUCCUUCCUGUCCAAACAUUGUCAGGAGAAACAAUUUCAAUAAUUUCCAGAACUAUUUUUUGCAAAAGACGAUACCUUCAGCCAUGUCACAGCUACGAAACGUGCACAAUGUAUGCCCUUCUGAAGUUCUUCAGUUUCUGCUGGAUCUGCUCAAGUACAACAACAAUUCAAGGAAUAAAUAUUCUGAUUGUUAUUACCGAGCCAGUCUCAUUGAAUCACUGUCGAACACAGUUAGUCCGGCAAUUACUCGCGUGUCUGUGACGGGAUCAGGACCAAGCACUGAUUUCCUAACCAAUGAUACUCGUCUUAUACUGGAAGAAAUUACUAGAGCACUAAAUAUGGAAAAGCUGUUGCCUUCGUACAAAUUGACCGUAACUGUUAGUUGUUUGAAAGCUCUGAGAAGGCUGCAGAAAUUCGGUCACAUGCCUGUCGACAGUUGUCCUUUUAAAAGCUACGCCGUCGAAGGGAAUUUCAUAGAUGUGCGUCUGGCUGCUGUUGAAUCUCUUGUCGAUUACACAACAUAUGAAGCUGACUACUCAUUGUUGAAUUGGAUAAUUGAAUUGAUUGAAAGUGAUCCAGAUCAUUAUUUAAGAUUCAGGACGAUAAGCAUGAUGAUCGAAUGUCCUCCCUUCACCUCCACAGAUAGUCCACUUAACACGGAGUCAGUUAGAGAAAAAUUAUGGACCCUCUUGAAUUGCAGACUGUCUCAUGAUUGUCGCCUGAGAUGUGCAGCUCUCGAUUUGUACAAAACUUUGUAUUACAAGCCGAAGAAUUCAACUAUGAUAUCAAGAGACAAGAGGAAGGCUACCACGUUACGUCUUCCACACUCAUCUUCUGCAGUUCCUGCUAGUACUCAUCCGAUUGAAGGCGUACCUUGCAACAGUUCUAGCAUCAACGACAAUAAUUUAAGAGGUGGCUGGCUUGAAAAGGCAUCUCUAAAACGACGUUCUCGCUCUCCUACGAACUCUGGAAUAAAAACCGUCUCCAGUAGUUUGCUUAAUAAUGAUUAUAUAGGUAGCGGUAGUGAGAACAAGAAAUUCAAGCAUUUUCAUUAUGACAGUUCAUCUGAUAAUCACGAGUGUCAAGAAUACCAAAAAUCAAUGCAAGAAAAAAAUGCUUAUGAUUUUCCCCUUCACCACACCGCAAAACUUCAGCAUGUUAAUUCUCUCUGGUCUUCCAUCUACCCAGCCUGUACAGCAGAAAGCAACAGCACAGACAAACAAGAUGUUCACGAUGAAAGCCACAUUCCCGGCGACGGCAUGUUUAAAAAAUCUAAGUCAGGUAACCACCUUGUAAGAAACAUGCCAUAUUUAGCAACAAUGCAGCUAAAGACAAAACACCCGAUACGCGACCUGGCAAACGAUGGAGGAUUGGACCUCAGUGAAUCCUCGUCGGCCGCGUCGUCCGGUAGAUCUUCUCCCAUCUUCAAACCUCAUUUACCGUCUGCCAACAAACCGGUCGAUAAUGGAGCAAACGGACCACAAACUUGUCAUCUACCCAAAAAAACGACGCAAAACAGAGAUGUAAGCAAAUUUGUUGUAAAAGCAGAAACCGUCCUUCACGCAGCAAGCAUGAAAUUGUCAGUACUGAGAGGAAAUGAUGAUGAGGAUGAUGAUGAGGAUGAAGAUAGGAUUCACAAUUUAACGUCAAGUGAUUCUGAAACAGAUAUUUAACAAUUUUGAACAUUUUGUUGGGAAACUCUAUUUGUAAAUUUUUUUGUUGAAAAAAAUGGCGUAAAGCAAA